CGCACUUUGCUCUGAACCAAAACGCGCUCCUAUGAAUUAAAUGGACGAACAUACGUACCAAAAGAAAGGAUAUUAAGGAUAUUGAAUUUCAAUUGGCGCCAAAAUUGUAGUGAUUAAAAAUACGUGAAAAGAGCGAAAAUCUACUAAGCCAAACCAGUAAAGCAAGAUCGGACGGGGACGCUGUAUGAUACCCUACAACACUAUGCAUCUUCAGUAGAGCUACCCGUAACAAAUAAACGCUUUUAUUGGAAUUUAUGAGAAGUAGAUCAUACCAUGUUUGCCGUUUUUUUACACUGUAUAUAUUACCUGCUGUACCACGAUUACAGUCACGAGCUCCAACUUCACGUCUGCACAUAUCAAGUCUAAUUUGAUUGUUUUAAAAUAACAAAUAAGAUGUCCAAGCCUUCGGUUGUAAAAAUUGUACAAGAAUUUAUGUUAAAAGCCAAUCGCCCAUAUGCCAUUAAUGAUGUGGUGGACGGAUGUGGCAAGGAUUUGGGAAAGUCGGCCAUACAAAAGUCAUUAGAUUCCCUGGUGGACAAAGACAUUUUAAUAAUGAAAAUGUAUGGGAAGAAUAAAAUAUAUUUCCCCAAGCAGAAUACCAAUACAGCAGAGUUAAAAAAGGAUGUCUUCUUGGCAAAACAAAAGCUGGCUCAAGUUCGCCAGGUAUUGAAGUCCAAAGAAAAUCAGUUGAGUGAAAUGCAAACAAAACUCAGAUCUUUAAGUAAAAUCAAAACUGUGGCUCAGCUGGAAGAGGAAAAAGAGAAUCUCAUGGAUGAUAUUCGAAAUAUCAAUGAACGCUUGAGGCACUAUGAGGCCCAGGAAAAGGAAGCCAAGCUCUCUGCCCAGGAUGUGAAGAAAAUUGAAGCAAAAUAUGCAAACGUAUCUACAGCCUAUCGCAAACGCAAGCGUAUCUGUACUGAUAUGUUGGAUGCCAUUUUGGAGGGCUAUCCGAAAACUAAAAAGGCGUUGAUAGCCGAUAUUGGCCUGGAAACAGAUGAUGAUGUUGGUUUCAAAAUUGAACUGAAGCGUUGAGAAUUUAAUCAUAGAUGUGGCUACACGGAAAAUAUAAGACAUGAGGAUAAAAGGAAAUAAGGUUUCAGGCGCAAAAUGUCUCAAAUUUUCCAUUUAAUUUUCAGUCAAUUAAAGUCACGAAAAAAAAUCGUUUCCCCAAAAUAGUUGAAUUCAAUUGAUUCCAAUAACGUUUUCGAAAUAUUCUUUUUGUUCUCUUUAGAAUACGAAUUCCCCAUAGCUACAUCCUUGACAUACUUUCGAAAAUUCCCUUUUCAAAAAUGUGUCAUUUCUUGAAUAUUUGAAUAUAUGUUAACGUUAUUUCUUUAUUUGUGUUUGAAUUGAAUUUCUUAAUGUUUUUUGUUCAAUUUUUCUGUACUCUACUUUGAUUUAUGUUCUUGUUAAUACUUUUCUGUGUCUUUCUGGUAAAAAGUGUAGGUGUUAUGAUAUGUAAAAAAAGACACCUAAUAAAUUUGAUUUUGGAAAGUAUGUAAAACAAA